AUGGUUAAAGAGACUAAAUUAUACGAUUUAUUAGGUGUUGCACCUUCAGCUAAUGAUUCAGAAAUUAAAAAGGGUUACAGAAAAGCUGCUUUAAAAUACCAUCCAGAUAAACCUACUGGUGACACUGAAAAAUUUAAAGAAAUCUCAGAAGCAUUUGAGAUUUUAAGUGAUAAGGAUAAAAGAGAAGUUUAUGAUCAAUAUGGUUUAGAGGCCGCAAGAUCUGGUGGUCCUCAAUUCGGCGGUGCUGGCGGUGCCGGUGGUUUCCCAGGUGGUGCCGGUGGAUUCUCAAGUGGUGGAUUCCCAGGUGCCGGUGGUGCUCACUCAUUCUCUAACGAGGAUGCAUUCAAUAUAUUUUCACAAUUCUUUGGCGGUAGUGCCGGUGGUGAUGAUGCUGGAUUUUCUUUCUCUUCUGGUGGUAUGCCAGGAGGAGGAGGUCAUCGUUCUCAAUUCGGCGGUAUGCCAAGCGGUAUGGGUGGUAUGCCAGGUGGUAUGGGAGGAAUGCCAGGUGGUAUGGGCGGUAUGCCAGGUGGUAUGGGCGGUAUGCCAGGUGGAUUCAGAUCAGGAUCGGGUUCUCCUCCAGCAGGUCCCGAAGAAACCGUCCAAGUCAAUUUACCUGUAUCGUUAGAAGAUUUGUUUGAAGGUAAGAAAAAAUCCUUUAAGAUUGGUAGAAAGGGUCCAAAUGGUACUGCUGAAAAGACACAGAUUGAUAUUCAAUUAAAACCGGGUUGGAAAGCUGGUACUAAAAUUACAUACAAGGGUCAAGGUGAUUAUAACCCACAGACUCAUGGCAGAAAGACUUUACAAUUUGUCUUACAAGAAAAAGAUAAUGCAAUCUUUAAACGUGAUGGAGAUAAUUUGGUUUAUACUGUGCCGUUAACCUUUAAAGAAUCUUUAUUAGGUUUUCAAAAGACCGCUCAAACUAUUGAUGGAAGAACAUUACCAUUAAAUAGAUCACAACCAAUUCAACCAACAGAAAACUCCGUAUAUCCAGGACAAGGUAUGCCAAUUGCAAAACAACCUGGACAAAGAGGUGAUUUGAUCGUUAAAUAUAAAAUCGAUUAUCCAAUCUCAUUGAAUGAUGCACAAAGAAACGCAAUUGCACAAAACUUUUAG